CUCUGGCAAAAAGGGAGUGACUGAGGACAGCAGAGGCAGAGGGGGAGAGGCUCAAGUGCGGGCUUUCUCCUUGAACCUAGAAGAUUAUGGGUCAAGAGCUGUGUGCAAGCACGCUCCAGCCUGGAUGCAGCUGCCAUGGCUGUUGGGAGGGAGGAAACGCACACAGCUGUCGGAGGAGCGCGCCUGUGACCGCGGAGGCUGCGAUCCAGCUAACAGACCUAAAAGAAGCAUCAUGUUCUAUGACUUCAUUUCACCCCAGGGGACCUCAGGCUCUCCAUGCCCGGAAGUUCAAGAGUAAAGGGCCAUGGAGUAAUUGUGAUUCUUUUCAGGAAGAGGAUCUGAGGCAGGGUGUUCAGUGGAGGAAGAGUCUCCCUUUUGGGGUGGCCUCAUCUUACUUGAACUUGGAGAAGCUAGGUGAAGGUUCUUAUGCUACAGUUUACAAAGGGAUUAGCAGGAUAAAUGGACAACUCGUGGCUUUGAAAGUCAUUAGUAUGAAUGCAGAAGAAGGAAUCCCAUUUACAGCUAUCCGGGAAGCUUCUCUCCUGAAAGGUUUGAAACAUGCUAAUGUUGUGCUCCUGCAUGACAUAAUUCACACCAAAGAGACACUGACAUUUGUUUUUGAAUACAUGCACACAGACCUGGCCCAGUAUAUGACUCAGCAUCCUGGAGGGCUGCAUCCUCACAAUGUCAGGCUUUUUAUGUUUCAACUUUUGCGAGGCCUGGCAUACAUCCACCACCAACACGUUCUUCACAGGGACCUGAAACCUCAGAACUUACUUCUCAGUCACUUGGGAGAGCUCAAACUGGCUGAUUUUGGUCUUGCUCGAGCCAAGUCCAUUCCUAGCCAGACAUACUCUUCAGAAGUUGUGACGCUCUGGUAUCGCCCUCCUGAUGCCUUGCUGGGAGCCACUGACUAUUCUUCUGAAUUGGAUAUGUGGGGUGCAGGCUGCAUCUUUAUUGAAAUGUUCCAGGGUCAACCUCUGUUUCCUGGAGUUUCCAACAUCCUUGAACAGCUGGAGAAGAUCUGGGAGGUGCUGGGAGUCCCUACUGAGGACACUUGGCCUGGAGUUUCCAAGCUGCCUAACUACAAUCCAGAAUGGUUUCCACUGCCUAAGCCUCAAAGCCUGCAGAAUGUCUGGAACAGGUUGGGCAGGGCUCCUGAAGCUGAAGACCUGGCAUCUCAAAUGCUGAAAGGCUUUCCUAGAGACCGAGUCUCUGCCCAGGAAGCGCUGGUUCAUGAAUAUUUCAGUGACCUACCAUCUCAACUGCACCAACUUCCUGAUGAAGAAUCUUUGUUCACAGUUUCAGGAGUGAGUCUAAAGCCAGAACUGUGCGACCUCUUGGCCUCCUACCAGAAAGGUCACCACCCAGCCCGGGUUAGCAAAUGUUGGUGAAAAGAAAGGGUGAGAGCACCCAGAUCCUUCCAGGGGUACACUGCUGCUGUUUCCGUUUUCAUUUGUUUGAGUUUACCAAGAAGCUUCAUAUCUAAUCCCACACUGAAUUUUUAUUCCACUACCUGUGUAGGGUAAAUGAAACAUGCUCAGGCUUUUGAGCCGUCGGCGUCUAUGGCUGUUACCUGUGACCUUCAAUGUAGGAGAUGUUUGGGAGCGUGGGUGUGGGGUACGCAUGCCUGAUGGCAGGCACCUGGGGUAUGGUGUGGACACGUGUAAGUGGGCACACCUGGAGGCUGAGGGGAUAAGGGCAGUGUCACAGAGGACGGAGGGCAGUGGGGGACACCCGUGAGCCCUGUGUGCCCCACACCCCGCACACCCACCUGGUUGUUUCACUACAAGUGGUCUAGAAAGAUCAUCCAAAGCCAGAAAAAGCCACUGAGAGCUCCAGAUUCCCACUUAGCCAUCUGCUUGGGAACCUUCCCUGUGCCUUCCUGCCACUACAACCUGUGGUCCAGAAUAUUUUUCAAAGCUUAGCUUUAAUAUUUAAAUAUUAAAAUAAGCAAAUGAUGCAUAACACUUGAAGAAAAAGCAUUGAAAGCAUUUUG